AUGUUGUUUUGCACAAUCAAUGACUUUCCCACAUACGGUAAUUUGUCUGGAUACAACGUCAAGGGACAUAAAGUGCGUCCUAUAUGUGAAGUUGAUACAUAUAACUACCAAUUACAAAAUGGAAAAAAGAUAGUUUAUCUAUGGUAUCGAAAAUUUCUAAGACCUAAUCAUCCAUAUCGUAGAUUGCGGAAGGCUUUUAAUGUAGAGUGGGAGUUUGAUAUCGCUCCAAAGCCCUUAACUGGGAAUGAAGUUUAUGGAAAACAACAAUACAUAAAGGUUGUGUUUGGAAAGAAACAAAAAAGUCUAUGGAGAAAAAUAUUUGGAAAAAAGAGGUCAAUAUUCUUUUAUCUUCCAUACUGGUCUAGUCUUGAUGUAAGACAUUGUCUUUAUGUGAUGUACGUGGAGAAAAAUGCAUGUGAUAGGAUGAUUGGAACACUUACUAACAUUAAAGGCAAGACAAAAGAUACUAAGAAAUCCCGCGAAGAUAUGGUUGUGAUGGAUAUACGACAAGAGUUAACCCUAAAAGAAGUAGGAAAUAUAACCUAUUUGCCCCUAGCAUGUCACACUCUUUCUAAAAAAGAAAAAAAAAGAAAUGUAAGGGUAACUAUAACGAGAUUGUGCUUAUUCUUCAAUGCUAUAUGUAGUAAAGUUAUUGAUCCUAGAAAUUUAGAUGACUUGGAACACGAAGCUGCAUUUAUCUUGUGCCAAUUAAAGAUGUUUUUCCCUCAAUCAUUCUUUGACAUUAUGGUUCAAUUAGUUGUUCAUCUAGUAAGGGAGAUUAGAAUUUGUGGUUCAGUUUAUUUACGGUGGAUGUAUUCGGUAGAGAGUUACAUGAAGAUUUUUGAAGGGUAUACAAAGAAUCAUCACCGUCCGGAAGCUUCGAACGUAGAAAGGUACAUCACAAAAGAAGAUAUUGUAUUUUGUAUAAACUAUUUGUCAAAAGCUUGCUUUAUAGGAAUUCCCGAGUCUCGUCAUGAUGGAUUUUAUGAUGGUAGAGUAUUUAAAGAGAGUGGUGCAUCGGAUAUUUGCAAAGGAUUGUUGAUAGAGCAUAACAAAACUUUCAUAAAUUGGUUUAAUGAAAGUAUUUAUAAAGAUAGUAGUGCAUCGGAUCUUUGCAAAUGGUUGUCACGUGGGUCUAAGUUUAAUGUAAUUACUUGGAGUGCAUACGACAUUUCUAAAUCUUCUUCUAACACUAGAGGUCAAUUGUUCUUCAAGUACAAUGUUUCAGAUUGUAAAAUUGGCAAAAUGUACAAUGUUUCUGUUUUAGGAAUCUGCAAAAUAUGGUUCUAUAUUUAG